UUAGCAGGCUCAUGAACGCGCACACACGUGCACAGUUUCAGUGCUGUUCUUCAGCACAAAACGGGAACCGACAGCGCUUCAGCAAUCCCGCCGUUCACUUCAGCGCGAAAAGACUGUCCUCUUCAUAAACACCAGACACACGUGCCACUUUAUAGGGUAAACAUUUUUUAGGGAUACGUCCUCAAACUCAAACAACAGCAUCAUACAAAGAUGCUGACAAAAAACAUUGAUGAAUAUCAUCGCACAAAAAGCUGAAGACGCAUGUUGUGUCAUGUUGUUUUCACCAGCAGAUCUACAACAACUCCCUCCCUUGAGAGGAGCAUGCACAACUUCAAGUUAGCUCAAACACGUGGAAAGCUUUAUCUCGACCACCACAUAACUGGCAUGCAUGGUGCGUUUCUGAUCAAAAGUGAGCAAGCGGUGACAAAAACAGGUGGAGUGUAUCACAAUUUAAUUUAGAAACGCAAUGGAUUCAAAAAUUUAAAUUAUUUGAAAAAGAAAGUAAAGCAAGCAUAUACUUUCUACAUUCCUACACAAGUGGAUAGUUUUAGAAGUGACCCUAAUAAAGAGGAUGAUGGCAUACAAAGGAUCAUCGGGGAAGGUUGUAAGAUACAAACUGACUCUGGCAACUGGACUUCUAGAGUGUUUGUGCUUCGCUGGGGUCGUGUUUGGUUGGGCGUCUCUUGUGUUUGUCCUCAAGACAGAUGGUUACUUCGGCGACCUGUGCAGCAACGCGACAGAUGCUGGUGGAGAAUUCAGCUCAGACUGCGGUCUGCAAGAUGAGCAUUUCUCAUUGGUCUUUACCGUGGCCUCCUUCAUGAACAACUUUCUCACUCUGCCCAAUGGUUUCCUCUAUGACCACUUUGGCACAAUGGCAACACGACUUUUGGCUAUAUUUCUUUAUACCACCGGCACAUUAAUUGUGGCAUUUUCCAAUAAAGCUCUAUCUGUGCUGCUUUUUCCUGCUCUGUCCUUCAUAGCUGUGGGCGGCAUUUUAUUUCUAAUGACAAAUAUGCAGGUGGGGAACCUUUUUGGUUCUCAUAGAUCAACUAUUAUCACAGUUUAUAAUGGGGCCUUUGACUCGUCAUCAGUUAUCUUUCUUAUCAUUAAAGUGCUUUAUGAGAAAGGUGUCUCUCUUCGCUCUUCAUUCCUCUUCCUCUCAGCCUGUAACCUCAUUCAUCUCAUCCGGACUCUCUUCCUUAUGCCAAAAUCACACAUUCCAUAUCCCAUCCCACAGGACUACCAGUAUGGGAUAAGCUGUGCUAAAUCAAAUAGCUACAAUGUUGAAGAGUAUGAGGCGAAGCGAGAGGCGAGUUCAGACAGAAGCAGAAGAGCAGAAGAAGAGCUGCUGGAGACGGACUCAAUAAAGCUAACCGACAACCCUGAGAAAGACAGUUUUAGGAGCUGUGUCCUGUCCUGGUUCUUCUUGUGGCACCUCGUAUGGCUGUCAGUCAUGCAGCUCCGCCAUUAUUUCUUCAUCGGUACUCUGAACCCAAUGCUGAAUAGACUGGCCAAUCAAAACCCUGUCACUGUGAGCGAGUACACCAAUGCGUUUGCUUUCACCCAGUUCUGUGGGGUCCUCUGCGCUCCCUGGAAUGGCCUGCUAAUGGACAGACACAAAAGAAAACCCCUAGAUCCAGAUGUAUCAGAACGGGAAGCAGACCUGCGCUCGUCCAUCCUUUCUCUGCUCCUCACUUCUCUGCAGUGUUUCUUGUUCUCCAUCUGUGCAAGCAUCCCGUUCCUCCCUCUCCAAUACCUCACAUUCAUCCUGCAGGUCCUUAACCGAUCUUUCCUUUACGGAGGGAAUGCUGCGUUCAUCAGCAUUGCGUUUCCUGCCAGACAUUUUGGGAAGCUGUACGGUCUGGUGAUGUCUUUAUCAGCUGUGGUGUCAUUGCUUCAGUAUCCCUGCUUCGCCCUCAACAAAGCUCUUGGAGGAGACCCACUCUAUGUGAACAUCUUAUUGACUAUCCUGACUCUACUGGCCUUCAUUCAUCCAGUCUACGUGUUUCUCCACUGCAGAGAACUGGCAAAACACAGAGAGAAUUCUAGGACUUUGGAAGCGUCAAUACAGGAAACAUCCAUGUAUUAAAUUAAACCACAGUACUUGAAUAUGCAAAUGAUUAUGCAAUUCUAUAUAGGCCUUAUAGCUUUGGUAGGUGACAAAGGGAAAAUAUUAAAGGGAAUGUUCACCCAAAAAUUUACUCACUGUUUAUUCUCAAUUGGACCCCUUAAGUGGAUCCUUCUUUUCUGUUGAACGCAAAAGAAUAUAUUUUGAAGAAUGUUGGAAACCUGUAACCAUUGACUUCCAUUGUAUGAAAAACAAACACUAUGGAAGUCAAUGGUUACCAGUGUAUCUUCUUUUGUGUUCAGGUUUUGUGAUGAGUGAAGGGUUAGUAAACGAAGAAAUUUUUUAUUUUUGGUGAGUGGACUACCCCUUUAAGAAUUGUAAUUAUUGUGUGUUUUUACCAUGAAAGUGUUUUUUAGAGAUGCAGUCAUAAACUCAAGAGUCAAUUGUAAUGAUUUUCAUUUAAUUUAAUACCUUGUUGAAUAUAUACAAUCUUUACGUGUACAGAAAUAACAAUAAAAAUAUUAAAGUCUU